AAAGUGACGAUUAUGAUAUUGAAGAAUCAGCAAAUAGUGAAAAAAGUGAUAAUGAUUUUAGUGAAUUUACGAAUAAUAAUGAAAGCAAUAAAUUAGUAGAUAAUGAAAAGAGCGAUUAUAAUUCUGAAAGUGACGAUUAUAAUAUUGAAGAACUAGCAAAUAGUGAAAAAAGUGAUAAUGACUUUAGUGAAUUUAUGAAUAAUUAUGAAAGCAAUCAAUUAGUAGAUAAUGAAGAGAGCGAUUAUGAUUCUGAAGCUAAAAGCUUAUCAAGUUUGGAUGCUGAUAAAACAACGAUUAAAGAAUUAUUUGAAAAAGUAUUUAUAAAUGAUGGGCUAACAUGCAAUUCCCCGAUGGAAAAAGCUUAUUAUUCUGCUCAAAUAUUUUCAUUAUUAUGCUUUAAAUGUGGUGAUGCUGAUAUUGUUACUCCAAUUCCGGCUACCCAAUACCCAUUAUAUACAGAAUGUACACAAAAAGGUGUCAAAACACCAACUCGUGGCAAAUCCUUAAAAUUUACAGCACUUUAUAUUUGGAUUCCUGUUUCGGGUGCAGAUGUUGAGCACUCAUUCUCAAAUUACAAGCAUAUUUUAGAUGAUAAAUAG